GUCAGAAAUCGCAUUUUGUUGAAUUUGUUGCUCUGUAUCAAGUGAAAGAGGUGUUGCACUAUUAACCCCUAAUCAAAUCGAUCACCUACGUUGGCGCCUAGGCACCUACUCGAGUAAAAGAGUAGAGCCUUAUAAUGGAUCAAUCAGUUAACUGCCCAGAUGGAGAAGUGUCUAAUGAGGAGGUUGUCCCAUCGCCAACCCCGCCAACGGAGGAGGUUGAAGAGGAGACCCUCAACACUGGGAAUGAAUCGGAGACUAAUGCCAGUGGGUCGGACCGCUCCGAGACACCGCCACUUGACGGAAACAGGGAUGAGAUUCGCAGUCGGAGCCCCAGCGUCUCCCGAACUCGGCGAGUUCGCCGUCCAGAUUAUUAUUUUGUAAAGGAAAGAAGGCGGCGAUCGAGAAGGAACUCUAUCAGUAGUGCUAGUGAUACGAGCGAUUCGGAAAACGACAUCAGAGCUGCUACCCGGUUAACAAACGCGGGUCUAUUCGACGCCUAUGUUCGGAAAAUAGAACAUGGGCGAGGUUCAAGGCCUGCGAGUCCAGACGCCAGAGGCCCACGUCUUGUUUCAAGCAUAGUAGAAUAUGUUCGCAAUCUUGAAACGAGAGUCUACUCCUUAGAGUCAAAACUUUUUGAAAAAGAAGAGGGGAAAGCGGAGAAGGACGACAAGAACGCGGCCGACGAUACUAAGGAAGCAGGCCAAUCCACUUCCGAGUUCAAAGUUAAGUUCUUCCCUCUCAGUGAAGAGGUUGAUCAGACGGGUCGCAUCAAACAAGGUAGAGAUGAAAUUCCAGACACGUACUGUUCAAAUGUUGGCCCUGACGACUUCAUCCGGGUUGUUUAUAAAUGGAAAAAUGAAAGGUCCAUAGAGGCUGCUCAAGCGCAUGAUGAAGAUGAACAAUUGAACCCAGAGGAUAUCGAGGUUGUUGGCUUUCGGAUUGAUUCAGACCCUAUCUCAAGUUUCUUCAAUUCUAUUGCAGACUUUUCCAUUCCGGUACAUGGAGUUGUUGAAUUGUUUAAACCAUUUCGCUUCAUCAUCCGGGGACUCCCAGAUAUUCGUGCUCAUAUUGCAAAGCUCGAAAGUAAAUUUGGGUCUACCACUACAGGCGACGAGAGUCAUAGCCAGACUGAAAACACUGAAUCCAAGGAACAAGCACAUGAAAGGCAGGGAAGCGAGGCUCCGUCACUCCAUAAGGAAGAUUCAAGCAACCUUCGCAAAUCGGAACCACCUAAACGGACAGUUGUGGAGAUCGUGCCUCAGCACGAACGCCAAGAAACACUCGAACACUUUCGUGAACUGUUGAAGUUUAUCGAGAAGUAUCUGGAACCACAGCUCAAACUAUACGACGACAUCCGUCAAGGGACAGUAACCAAAGUCACGUUCGAGAACUUAUGGAUGGUAUUCAAUGUCAACGACACAAUAUAUUGCCCGAUCAAGAAAGGAAACCAGGAGCUUGAGGUAUUCCUAGAUGGAGAUCCGAAUACGAAGAAAUAUGUGACGAGGACUAGAUCGACUCCUCAAGCAUAUCGCGUUGUGUCGUCCGAGGGAGGUGUCGGGGUUUAUGUUGACCCUGAACGCGACGAUAGUUCAAUUAUGACAUUACAACCCAUGGGAAAAGCGAAACAACAGAACCAAGAAAACUUGACAAUAAGCGCAAAGGAACAGUUUACUUCGCUGAAAGUAUACUGUUUCUCAGUAGAUUCCGACGGUGAGAAGUAUACCCCUGUUGAGGACUUUUUUAUCUUCAAGCCAUUCGAAGGAGAGAUAGACAUUACCAGUCUCGAAGCUUACCCAACUCACUUUAAUUCUCAAUAUGAGAAAGUGUCCGAGAUGCUUCUUCAGCGUGGUCGCAAAUUCAUCGAAAUGACUGAGAUCUCCCAUAUGAUAUACGAAGGGUUGACCGUUGGCGAAGAUAAGGAGGAAGUUCUCAGUUCGGUUAUUGUUGACCUCAAGCUAUAUUAUCAAGAGAACAAGACACAUCGUCCGAUCUGUGCCCCCCUUCAGCCCCUGGGGAUACUCCGGCCGAUUACUCAGAUCGUUGAAGUGGCAGGGACAUCCACAAGCUGCACUCAUAGGAAGCCUUGCCGAAGAUUGAAUUGUUCUCGUGAUAUGUACACUGAGUCUUUCAAGGUUGAUAAGAUCAACCCAUCCUUACGAAGAUCUCUUUGUGAAUAUGAGCCAGAAGAGAAAGAUCCGAAGUUAGCAAUUCAAGCCAUAAAGAAGCACAUGGAAGCCACAGACUUCAUACGACUAUUGCCUGGGGCAAUUUCCGGGUUUGUCCUGAGAUCUCGCAAAUGGGUUCAUCUGGAUGUCAACCUACUUCAGUGGUCAGUUUCUCACGACAAGGCGAACAUAAAUCCUGCCGAUACCGCGGGAUGGAAGGAUUUGGUGCUACCUCCAGGCUACAAGGAUAUCGUCCUUGCGAUGGUGAAGAAUCAUACUGCUGGUACUCGAAUUAUCAACAACGGACUUUAUCAAACACCAGAAGUCGAUCUUGUUAAGGGCAAAGGAAAGGGGUGUAUCAUCUUGAUUCACGGCGCACCAGGUGUUGGGAAAACCUCAACUGCAGAAUGUGUUGCCGCUUACACCAAACGUCCGCUAUUUCCGAUAACCUGCGGUGAUGUCGGAUAUCAACCUGACGACGUCGAAAAAAACCUUGACAGAGUUUUCAACCUUGCCCAUAGAUGGGGCUGCGUCCUGUUACUAGAUGAAGCCGAUGUUUUCCUCGCAAAGCGCAAUAGGGAAGAUAUCAAACGAAAUGGACUUGUGUCAAUUUUCUUGAGAACCUUGGAGUAUUAUCCUGGAAUUCUGUUUCUCACCACUAACCGCGUGGGAGCAAUUGAUGACGCCUUCCGUUCACGACUACAUCUGACUCUUUACUAUCCGCAACUUGACCGAAAGCAAUCUCGCAAGAUUUGGAAAGUGAACUUCAGGCGCUUGAAAGAGAUCAACGAGGAGCGUGCAAAAUUAGACCAUCCACCAAUCAAAAUUGAUAAGGAGAAGAUACUUCGGUAUGCGGACCUAAACUUCGAGGAGCUUCACUGGAAUGGCAGGCAGAUUCGAAAUGCCUUUCAAUCGGCGCUGGCUCUAGCCGAAUUCAAGGUGCAGGAUACCAGCAAGUCUCCGAUUCUGUCUGUUGAGCAAUUCGACACUAUUGCGCAGGCAUCCCACGAGUUUGAUCACUACUUACUAACCACCCACGGUUUCGACGAGGAUAAGAUGGCAGCUCGCGACAAAAUCCGUGCCGGUGGUUCAUACAAACGAUCCGAGAACAAAAAGUUGAAGACGUUGCCAGAUACCGACGAAUCCGAGAGCUCAUCAGAAUCCGACUCGAGUAAAAGCUCGUCGGAUAGUUCUAGUAGCAAGUCCGAUUCUGACUCAGACCGGCCGUCCAAACAUAAGAAGAGCAAGAAGAAGUCUAAGAAACCGGAGACGAAGAAACAGAAGAAGGAUAAGAAGGAUAGCGUGAAGAGCGAGAAGAAGAAGUCGAAGGAGAAGGCGAAAGCGAAGGACACGGAAGAGUCUAGCAAAAGCUCAGACAGUGAUGAUUAGAAAAAAUCA